UCGCAGCUCAGUACUCGAAUAAUCUUCAAGAUGCGUUCAACUCAAAGUGCUUUUGUGGUUCUUCUAGUUGUGAGCCUAAUGGAAAGGGUCUGGAGUACGCCCACUAACUAUACCACCCAGGCUAAUAAUGAUAUAGAAACAAAAGGGGCUUCCUCUCCAGACAGUGAAACCUUUGAACCUAUAACUGAAACAACCGAAUCGGAAUCCUUAGAAUCAACAACUGAAGAUGAAAAUGCAACCACCGAUGAACCAACAACAGCGUUUAUAGAAAUUGAAUUACAAAUAGAAGCCGACUGGAAGAAGUUUUUGACGGACUAUAGCGUGACUUAUAAGAAUGAAUCGGAGGCUGAAAAACAUCGCAAAAUAUUCAUUGAUAACUGGAUAAUGAUUCAGGAUCACAACGAGCAAUACGAACAAGGAAAACAGUCCUACAAAAUGAAAAUAAACCAAUUUGCUGACUUAAAUCGGGCAGAUUGGAAGGCUACGUUGGGAAGUCAUUGAAAUGUAUUCAUGUAUUUUUUUAUCCAAAUUAAAAAAUAAUAUAUAUACAUAAUAUAAAUAAAUACCGAGAGAGCAAUUAUCCCAUUAAGAAUUCAUCACUGUGGAAGGCUGUAUCUUCUAUAUAUAUAUGUAAAUGGCAGUUAUGGUCAGUUCCAUCUCAGUAACUAAAAAAUUUUAAAAAUAAAAUA